AUGACUGUGCAGCCGUCCAACAGCAGCAGCAGCAGCUCAUCCGGAACGCCCUUGGCUCUGUUCUGGCAAUUAGCCUCACCCUCGACAUCUGAGCGUCUAAGCAGCUCUUCCAAACUCGUCUCCCUGCUCGCCUCCUCCUCCUCUGCCUCCUCCUCCUCUGCCUCCUCCUCCUCCUCCUCCUCCUCCUCCUCCUCCGGCCAUUCUCACGCGCACGUGCACACAUCAUCCACAAUCAUCUCCUUGACGCCUGAUGAAGAGGCGCUACGAGCCACGCAGGACAGGUUGCAAGGUGCGCUGGAUGGCGAUACGAUCUACACCGUCAAGAGGCUCAUCAGAGGUUUGGCCAGUUCGAGGGAGAGCGCGAGGAUCGGCUUCUCCGUCGCACUGUCCGAGGUGAGUCAGCGCACACGCAUUCUCUCCCUUUUCAUCGCCUCGCCUGGCCUGGCCUUGCAGCGGAGAAAUCACGUUGGUAUGCUGACAAGUUCACAAUCACAAUCCUACGGCAUAUGCCGCAAGCUGAUCGCUCAAUUGCCAGCGCUGGGCUCGCAAGAUGUGCUGCAACUCUUGCUGAGCUCUUGCCCGCUGCAGAAGAAGCAGUCGGGCGCAGAGGAGCGCAAUUCGCUGUUUGCCAGAUUGUUCGGCGUGCUCGCUCUCGUCAGAUCAUUCGCGCUGCUUCGAGAGGCCAAAGCGCAGGCGCAGGCGCAGGCGCAAGUCGAACAGAGCAUUCGAUGCUGCGUUCAAGUGCUGUUGGAUCUGUACGCUAGAAAGAGCUGGUUGAUGGAACCCUCUGCUUGGGUGGCUCAGCAGCUGCUUCAACAAGUUUUUCAAAUCUCUUCCGCGCUGGCAUGCCAGCUGACCAAACAGAUGCUGCUGGGUCAAGUCGAAGACAAGAAGGGCAAGAGCAUCGCAUUUCAGGGUCCUGAUCGCAUCGCCAUUCUGCUGAGCGUGCAGAGCUUGAUGGAGAAGCGCAGCUAUGUGCAGUGUCUUGCGCCGCUCACAGGGCCCACGCUGCUGUCCAGGCAUAAUCUGCCUGCCCUUGCCAACUUGCUGCGAUACGUCCAGCCUGCAGCCAGCACAGGCGACUUCCAAGAUGCCGACGAAUUGCGUGGAGCCAGUCUGGCUGCAGCUUCGGCCGCAGCAGCAGGUCACUCUCGAACGCAACCGCACUUUGUCUGGAAGCAGAUCUUUAGCGAACACUUUGACGCUGAUGCGCGUCAUGGCGAGAGAGUGGACCUACCGCAUUUGCUACAGAUCAUCCUCGACGACAAUCUCUUUGCUCCCACAAGCUCGAGCGAGAAAAAGUUUCAGGGAUUCAUGGUCAUGGAGAGCUUGAUUGAGCAGAUCUGCCAAAAGAAUUCGGGUGCGAGCGGGAACGCAGCGAGGCUGGAGAGUGGAAGAUUGAUUGGCAAGGGCUUCCUCAGGAGCUGGAUCAACGCGCUCGGUGGAAAAGGCGGAGAGGAGAGGAAAUUGAAGGCCGCAGCGGAAAAGACUGUGAGUCGGUUCCAGUGCUCCAGGCGGCGCCGCUGUGCGUUGCAUAGCCGCUCAUCACGCAACGCAUUCUUCCCAACGGCCCACAGACACUGAGCGUUCUGCGCCUGGUUCGCCAUGACUCCUCGACGGGCUACCUGAUUCUUUCCCAGCUCCUCAGCGCCAAAUCCAAUCCGCCGCACGUGCAGCGUCUGGUAGAGCAGCUGCUGAGCUCGAUGGAUCGUGCAGGCGUGCAAAAGUACGCAGAUCAUCUGAUCCAGCUCGCUUGUUCCGCCGAUAACUCUGUCGCUGCGGCGAAUAGAGAUACACACGUCGGGGAAGGAAGCCAAGCAGAUGCGCAAGGAGAAGCGAAGAGCAUGAAUGCGAAGAGAUUGUGGGCGCUGGAUCAGCUGUUGAAUCUGAUUAGGAACAGCAAAAUCGAAAAGCCAGAGCAACUCGUCAGACAGGUGUUGGGCUUCUUUGCUGUUCGAGGAUGGUUCGAGCAAGCGCAGGCGGGCGGCAAACACACGAUCGAACCACAAUUCCUCCGCACGAUCAGCGAGACCAGACCCGUACCGGACUUCUCUAAGCACCUUCGAAAGGAGGCGAGGAGUAGGUACAUUAGCUGUGCGGAUGCGUUGCUAAGCCACGUCGUCUUGUUGGGUGAGUUCGCAUCGACUUGUUCCCAACCUCGAGUAGCAGCUGAGUGUAUGCUUGCCUCCAUCAUUACGUUGCUCGCCGACGCGCAGAAGAUGCAUCGGGCAAAAAGACACGUACACAAGGCUACGCCGCGAGCGGUAGUAGAUGGAUGGACUUGCUCGUGUCCGACUUGCGAUCCAUCGAGUCCUCUGGCACUUUUGUCCCAAUCUUUGGACCUUCUGGACUCUCUCUCAAACGCGCAGAUGCUAAAGAUGCACGUACACCUUCGGAGAGGAGGACGACGGCGAGCAGGGAACUGCAGAGAUUGGAAGAGGUGAUUCGCAAGACGGACGAUGGGGAGAGUCAAGAGGAACGACUCGCCGCCGUCCGCGAUUUGAUACGAGCGGCGAUGCUUUGGAGCUGGGGAGAACAAGCUGGGGAGGAAAUGCUGGAGGUGAGCUUGGAAACGUUGGUUGGUGAAGCUUGUUCGAUGGACAAACUUGCGCUCCGACGAUUCCAUGAUUGUGAGAAGCUGUGCGCUAAUACACGUCUCCACAUCACCCGGCCAUCGCGCAGCCGUUGGUGGAUUGCUCCACCAGACUCAUUUCGCCAGACCCGGCUGCACAGCCGUCUGAUGCGUCAGACUCAGCAGACGAACCGACUGCAGUGGAACUUCUCAUCGACACGCUAGUCAGCAUAUUGGAGCUGCCUUCUGCCUUUCUCAGGAGCAUCGUCACCUCCGUGUGGGCAGCAUUCAUUCCUGAAGUGAAUCAUAGCGGGCUGAGACUGUUGUUCAACGUGAGUGGCGCGAUACUCACCUUCGCGUAGCGAUUGGACGUCCCUGACCGACUCGGCUACCGCGCGAUUGAUCGCAGCAACUUGGAGUGGACGAUGAAAACGCUGCGACAGAAGACGCAAUUUCUGUGGAUGGUUCCGCAGAGGAAGAGCUAGACUUUGGUGCAGCUUCUUCCGGUGACGAUGACUCGGAAGUGGACGAAGAAGACGACGAUACGUCAGCGACCUCUCAGAGCGGGUUGGGGCUCGACUCGGAAGACGCGAAUGCAGAGGUGGACCCUGUGCUUCGCGCUGCACUCGAAUUGGCUCUCAAAGAGGGCGGGCUGGCACCCAGGGAGUCCUCCAAAGCACAGCAAGAGGAGGGUGAAGGGGACGAGAGCGAGAGCGAUGAGGAAGAGGAAGAGGAGGACCUGCUGGACGAUGAUGCGAUGCUCAAAAUUGAUGAGAAGCUGUCUCAGAUAUUUCGAGAGAGGGCAGGCGCCAAGAAGGAAGAUGCUGGUGAGUCUGCAUACCCUGAGCGCCCUUAGAUAAGAGCGAUCAGAGUCAGCUUAGACUACGAUACCGUUUUUUGUGCCUGUAGAGGCGAAACGAGAAGCCGUCGCGUUUCAGCUGCGAGUCCUGGACCUUUUGGAACAGUAUGCGAAAAGGGUGUCGAGCAACCCCCUCGUUGCGAGCAUGGUCGGACCUCUUCUCCAAGUCAUACAAGAGACGGAGAAUAAAGAAGGAGCCCAAGUCAUUGCUCGCGCUUCGAGCAUUUUACGCAACACCAUCGCGAAGAGCAAAGAGACUCCUGGCAAUAUCGCUGUCGAGGAGCUUCUGCCGGUCCUUCAGACUAUUCAUGCCGAUGUGCUUAGAGCGCAGAGCAAGGACACGCAAGAGCUGUUGAGCGUUGCCAACGAGUACCUGACGCGAUGCGUCUUAUCCAGAGCUACGGACGCUCUGCCGUUGACCGCGUCGGCACUGACGGAGCUGUACAAGCAGACUUUGACUGCUUGGAUCGACAAGAAGAAUAGUCCCGUCAAGCUCGGCUUUUUCGCCAAUGUGCUGAAAAAAAUGCCAGCCAUAGCCUUGGCGCUGCGAGACGACUUGUUUGCUGCUGUGGUCCCUGCGAGCACGGUUGGAAAUUUCCGACAGGGCGAGGUGUUUAGUUUGAUCUCUGCACCGAUGGCCCAGCUUGCUCAAAGCGUGAGUGACAUCUUUGAGUACGAUCGGACGCGUCACGGUCGUGGCUGACGUUCGCUUGUUUCUCUUCAGGAAUCUCCUGCACUGGCUCAAGAAGGUCUUUUGUACGUUGAGCGUUUGCAAGACUUCAUCAUCGAUUACAUCCAGGAAGCUUGCGCGCCUUCGGCAUUCGAGCCAAAGUCGGAUAGGCUCAAAGAGGUGCUCAAAUUGGGCCUGACCGCUGCUAGGACGACGCCUCGCCUGCUGGAGCGCAGUCGAGCCCAAAUCGGCUCGAACGCUGCAACACACAGCCUUUGGAAGACCGAAGCGUUGGAGAAAUUGUCAGUGGAGCUGAAGAAUAGCCAGAAGUACGGCGCUUCUAGCGCAUUGAGGGAUCUGCUCAAACAGCUGGUCAGCGUGACUCGGAAGAGCACGAUUGGGAAGCAAGUCGACGAUGCUGGCUCGAUCGGUCACAAGGAGGGCAAGAAGAGCAAUUCCGCUAAGAGGAAUGGAGAGCAGGGAGCAUCCGAGACGCCAAGCAAUGGCGCCAAGGCGGGCAAAAAGCAGAAGAGGCAGUAG